GGGGCUUUAAGAAAGCGUUGAUCCUCGAGGUGGCGAGCCUAGUUCCGUCGGCAACGACCUCCACUCUUUAGUCUUUCUGCAAGUAGUGGCGGCAUCAUGGGUGGACUCGCUUCUAAGCGGCGCCGGCGGGCUGCCGGCCCGGUUCCGCUCGACGACGCCGGCGUGCUCACGGUCACCAGCCCGCUCGCGUUUGUUGAGCACAUGGCUGCCAUCAAGAGUCACAACGCCCGCGAGCUUGCCGCCAUUCCAUGGAAGCCGUAUCCUUCGCUGAUGCGGGUGCGCAAGGUCGACGCCGGAGCGGCUGGAGCGAAUCUGAGCGACGACGGCAUGGCGGCCAUGACCGCGGCCUUCCCGCGCGACGCGCGCAUCCUCUCGCUCCGCGGAUGCAGCCAGCUGAGUGACACCGCGUUGCUGAGUCUGGUGCGGAUGCUAGUUGAUCGUGACGGCUACGCCCUGCGGGAGCUGGAUCUAGUCGAUUGCCCUGCGCUCACUCCUCGCGCUGCUGGCUUCCUCGGUCGGAUUCCUGGGCUGGUGCGGCUCGCGAUCGGCGGCGGCGCGGUGCGUCCGGCGAUUGUGCAGGUGCUCGGAGGCUGGGCUGACCUGCGCGAGCUAGACGUGACAGCCUGUCCGCCAUCUGUGAUGUCCGACGUAGCGCUCAGCGCGUUGAGCCGUUUGCAUCUCACGUCGCUAAGGACCGGGGUACUGGAGCAAGUCUCAGCACCCGCUUUGGAGGCGUGGUGCCAGACCCAGCCGCUCCUACGUGUCUUCUGCAGUCCUCAGUCUCGGUGCGUGACCGACAGCGCCAUAGCGGCGCUGGUUGAAGGCUCACCGCUCCUCAACGAGAUCGAUGUCUCUGGCUGCCCGGCACUGAGCGAGGCUGGCCUGCUCACGCUGAGCGGCUUCCCGCGGUUAAUGAUAGUGCGGGCAUGCUCGACGCCAAUGAGCGAUGCCAUUGUCCUUGCGCUCUGCCGUGGCUGUCGAGUCCUCGAAACUGUCGAGCUAGAUCAGGAUACCGCGCGUAAUGCACUCUCGCGCCAAGGAAGAGCCGCACUCGAGAACCUCUGCAUCCCCUCACGGCGAUGCAACGCCAUCAUCGACUUGGCGGUAGCAGUGACUGGUAUGGCCGAUCCGCGAAUUAGCACCGCACGCAGGCUUCGUGCCCAAGCAGCGCAGCGCGCAGGUCCGUCGCCACCGCCGCCGCUGCCCGCUCUCCUUCCAGCGUACGGCGAUCCACAGCCUCACCCUGAGCGCGACGACCGGCAGGCGCACAUCGCAUGCGUUGCCACCAGCACGUAUGCCGACCUCGACGCAGGCAUUGGCCACGAGCUAGCCACGCUGGGAAAGACAUUUGAGGUUGACAUUAUGGAGGCCGAGCGGACGUUUGAGGACUACCUGGCCGAGGCGCGCGCGGCGGCCGAGGCGCGCGCGGCAAUGUCGGCAUUCAAGGGCAUGAGCAAGGCACAGCGAGCCGAAGCCGAGGCUGCCGAGCUCGCACGCAAGCGGCUGGCUAUUGGCGUGAAGAAGUUCAACAAAAAGCCCAAGCAUGGGAUGCAGUACUGGGAAGAGGCUGGUCUACUGCCGCACAAGCCCGAGGCGGUUGCGGCGCACCUGCGAAAUACCGAAGGCCUGUACAAGACCAUGAUCGGCGAGUAUCUCGGCUCGCCGGACGAGUUCAACCUUGCGGUCCUCGACGCCUUUGUCAACUCGUUUGACAUGGCUGGUAAGGACAUUGACACAGCGCUGCGAGCGUUUCUGGCCUCGUUCCGGCUGCCGGGCGAGGCUCAGAAGAUCGACCGCAUGAUGGAGGCGUUUGCGCGCAAGUACCACGCCGACAAUCCGGAGACGUUCUCGUCGGGCGACACGGUGUACGUCCUCUGCUUUGCGCUCAUCAUGCUCAACACCGACGCUCACAACCCAGGGGUGAAAAACAAGAUGACGCUCGACCAGUUCUUCGCCACCACCCGCGGCAUCGACAACGGCAACGACAUCGACCACAACCUGUUGGAGGCGCUCUACUCGUCGAUUGUCAACAACGAAAUCAAGAUGGACCCCGACUGCGAGCCGUCGGCGUUUGACAACCCAGACAAGACCGGCUUACUGCGAAAGCAGGGCGGGAGGAUCAAGACCUGGAAGAAGCGCUGGUUUCUCCUCUCCGGCUCGUGCCUCUACUACUUUCGCAAGGAAGGCGACGCCGUACCCAAGGGCAUCGUCCCGCUGGAGAACCUGCAAACGAACAUCACCGGGCCAACAACGUGGGAGCUGACCCAUCCCGACGGCGCAUUCAAGGCUGCCAAGUUUUCCCGCUCCACCGUGGCAGAGUCGAACCACGACAAGUUUGUGCUCGAGGCCGCGUCGACAGCCGAGCGCGACGAGUGGAUCGCCGCUAUCCAAACCCACAUCAUUCGUGAUCCGUUUUAUGAGCUCCUUCGCUCUAAGCGCCUUGCCCUCACCGAAGAGAUUGCUGCCUUUGGUGGUGGCAAGAAGGGCGCUAGCACUGUCAUGCUCCGCCGCCGCGCAGCCUCGGAAAUGCACAACGACGAGUUUGCCGCCAUGGUCGACGAGGCCCGCAACGAUGAGUCCGGGCCCGGACCCGAGCCCGAGCAGAAGAUGGGCGACAAGGCCAAGGCCGGGGGGGAGGACAAGAACGCUGCCAACAAUGCGGUUGGUUUGAGGAGGGAGGAUUCUGGCACAGGUGUCGAGGCCGCACCCGACGCCAAGGUACAGCCCAAAUCCAAGAGCAAGGAAAAGGACAAAGGGAAGUCCAGGGGGAAGGCCAAGAGGAAGAACAAGCCAAAGAACGGCGUGGUCGACCAGGUCACGUCUGAACCCAGCGCUGAUAUCGGACCCACAGUUGAGCCUACGCCUGAGCCUACGCCGGAGCCCGAGUCCGAGUCCAAGACAAAGGCCAAGUCAAAGGCCAAGACGAAAGAUAAGAACAAGAACAAGAGCAAGAGCAAGAACAAAGGCAAGGUGUAAACGGCAGCUCAUGCAACAACCCAGAACCGGAGCCGGCCAUCAAACGAGCCUGUGGCGAGCUGCGGAUGGACAGGGUUAAAGGCGACAGCGGCGACGA